UGAAUUAUUAAAUUGAAAUUUUAAAGAUGUAAAUAAUUUUAAUAGUUUUGUGUAAUUUACACUACAAAUCUUUUCGCAUCCAGCAAAGUCAGACCCCGCAAAUGUCACAAAUCUGGAAACUGCUUUUACUACUAGCAGUGCUCUUAAAGCUUCAGCGCGCAACGUCAGAGUUUGCAAUAGAUUACAAUGCGCUUGACAUGAUGCCCGUUAGGGAGGCAGAGGAGAAGAGCGUAAACGAGGUUUAUAGAGCAAGCGAUAAUGAUUCCCAGAACAGCAAAGCAUGGGACCAAACAAAGCUCUGGUUUGUUGUUGUUUCGUCGAUUUCAUUGUGUUUUCUUAUAUUGCCAUUAGUCAUCUAUUUAUUGUGCCCCAGUGCACGUAUUUGUGGAUGUAAGCCAGUUACGCUGCAACGUACUGGAAAUAAUUUAUAAUUGCAAUGAUUAUAUUUCCGAUAA